GCCUCCGCCGGCCGCCCGAGUCCGCGGGGUCACUGACGACGCAUGCGCCGGGAGGGAGCGCGACCACGGGCUCGGCUGGCGGCUGCCGCUUUCAAAAGGGAAGCCCCGGAGAGCGGGCGCGCGGGGAACUCCGUCCGCUGCCGCCGCCGCGAGCGCUCCCGUGAAAGAAAAGCACAAGAAGAAACUUUUACAGUCCUUGUUGACUAUUACGCUGAUUCCCCAAAUCAAAGUUAAGGCUGCUGAAACUUAGAAGCUGAUUCUGUCACAUGUAUUAUGCCUUUGGAAAAUUCUACAAUUCUCUUAAGAGACGAAUCAUUAGAACUUGGUGAGUUUCACUAGAUACCUUCAGUCUUCAGUUUGAGCUCAGAGUACAUAAAUCCUGAGUGUCAUUUUGAUGAAAUUUUAUGAAGUCAACACCUGUUUAACCAUUAUCAAGAACAAGAUAUAGGACAUUUUCAUCAACCCAGGAGCCUCCUUCAUGUCCCCUGACAAUUAUCACACCCUUCCAAAGAAUUCUGAGACUAAUGGAUGGUCAUAUAGAAGAAUACCCUGAACUUACAGUUUUCUGAAGAAUCAGUGCAAAAGAUCCAAAAAGUACAAAAGGAGAAGUACAAAUGUCUACCACAAGAAGAAAACGUAAUAUGUUAUGUUGUUUACCGUAAGCUGUAGUAAAAUGAGCUCGAUUGUUGACAGAGAUGACAGUAGUAUUUUUGAUGGGUUGGUUGAAGAAGAUGACAAGGACAAAGCAAAAAGAGUAUCUAGAAACAAAUCUGAAAAGAAACGUAGAGAUCAGUUUAAUGUUCUCAUUAAAGAGCUGGGAUCCAUGCUUCCUGGUAAUGCUAGAAAGAUGGACAAAUCCACUGUUCUGCAGAAAAGCAUUGAUUUUUUACGAAAGCAUAAAGAAAUCACUGCACAGUCAGAUGCUAGUGAAAUUCGACAGGACUGGAAACCUACAUUCCUUAGUAAUGAAGAGUUUACACAAUUAAUGUUAGAGGCUCUUGAUGGUUUUUUUUUAGCAAUCAUGACAGAUGGAAGCAUAAUAUAUGUGUCUGAGAGUGUAACUUCAUUACUUGAACAUUUACCAUCUGAUCUUGUGGAUCAAAGUAUAUUUAAUUUUAUCCCAGAAGGGGAACAUUCAGAGGUUUAUAAAAUACUCUCUACUCAUCUGCUGGAAAGUGAUUCAUUAACCCCUGAGUAUUUAAAAUCAAAAAAUCAGUUAGAAUUCCGUUGUCAUAUGCUUCGAGGAACAAUAGACCCAAAGGAGCCAUCUACCUAUGAGUAUGUGAAAUUUAUAGGAAAUUUCAAAUCUUUAAACAGUGUAUCCAGUUCAGCACACAAUGGUUUUGAAGGAACUAUACAGCGCACACAUAGGCCUUCUUAUGAAGAUAGAAUUUGUUUUGUAGCUACUGUCAGGUUAGCUACACCUCAGUUCAUCAAGGAAAUGUGCACUGUUGAAGAGCCCAACGAAGAGUUUACAUCUAGACAUAGUUUAGAAUGGAAGUUUCUGUUUCUAGAUCACAGGGCACCACCCAUAAUAGGAUAUUUGCCAUUUGAAGUUCUGGGAACAUCAGGCUAUGAUUACUAUCAUGUGGAUGACCUAGAAAAUUUGGCAAAAUGUCAUGAACACUUAAUGCAAUAUGGGAAAGGCAAAUCAUGUUAUUACAGGUUCCUGACUAAAGGGCAACAGUGGAUUUGGCUUCAAACUCAUUAUUAUAUCACUUAUCAUCAGUGGAAUUCAAGGCCAGAGUUUAUUGUUUGUACUCACACUGUAGUAAGUUAUGCAGAAGUUAGGGCUGAAAGACGACGAGAACUUGGCAUUGAAGAGUCUCUUCCUGAGACAGCUGCUGACAAAAGCCAAGAUUCAGGGUCUGAUAAUCGUAUAAACACAGUCAGUCUCAAGGAAGCAUUAGAAAGGUUUGAUCACAGCCCAACCCCUUCUGCCUCCUCUCGGAGUUCGAGAAAGUCAUCUCACACGGCAGUCUCAGACCCUUCCUCAACACCAACAAAGAUCCCAACGGAUACUAGCACUCCUCCCAGACAGCAUUUGCCAGCGCAUCAAAAGAUGGCACAGAGGAGAUCGUCAUUUAGUAGUCAGUCCAUAAAUUCCCAGUCUGUUGGUUCAUCAUUAACACAGCCAGUGAUGUCUCAAGCUGCAAAUUUACCAAUUCCACAAGGCAUGUCCCAGUUUCAGUUUUCAGCUCAAUUAGGAGCCAUGCAGCAUCUGAAAGACCAGUUGGAGCAACGGACACGGAUGAUAGAGGCAAACAUUCAUCGGCAGCAGGAAGAACUAAGAAAAAUUCAAGAACAACUUCAAAUGGUCCAUGGUCAAGGGCUGCAGAUGUUUUUGCAACAAUCAAACCCUGGAUUGAAUUUUGGUUCUGUUCAACUUUCUUCUGGGAAUUCCUCUAAUAUCCAGCAACUUGCACCUAUAAAUAUGCAAGGCCAGGUUGUUCCCACUAACCAAGUUCAAAGUGGAAUGAAUACUGGACAUAUUGGCACAACUCAGCACAUGAUACAACAACAGACUUUACAAAGUCCAUCAACUCAGCAGAGUCAACAAAAUGUGCUGAGCGGGCACAAUCAGCAGACGUCUCUCCCCAGUCAGACGCAGGGUGCCCUCCCAGCCCCCCUGUACAACACUAUGGUGAUCUCCCAGCCUGCAGCGGGGAGCAUGGUGCAGAUCCCGUCUAGCCUGCCGCAGAGCAGCGCCCAGAGUGCUGCAGUCACCACGUUCACUCAGGACAGACAGAUAAGAUUUUCUCAAGGUCAGCAACUCGUGACCAAAUUAGUGACUGCUCCCGUGGCGUGCGGGGCGGUCAUGGUGCCCAGCACUAUGCUCAUGGGCCAGGUGGUGACGGCCUACCCGACCUUCGCCACGCAGCAGUCGCAGUCGCUGUCGGUGCCGCAGCCGCAGCCCAAUUCGCAGGACCCGCAGCUCGCUCCGGCGCAGCAACCAUCUCAGGCUCAGCUGGCCCAGCCGCCGCCGCAGUUCUUACAGACUUCUAGGUUGCUCCAUGGGAACCCUUCGACCCAGCUCAUCCUGUCUGCCGCGUUUCCUCUGCAGCAGGGCCCUUUCCCCCCGUCGCAUCACCAGCAGCACCAGUCUCAGCCGCAGCAGCAGCUCGGGCGGCACAGGACUGACAGUUUGACUGACCCCUCCAAGGUCCCGCCACAGUAGCACACACGCUUCCUCUCUGGCAUCAAGGGAGGAAGGGGAUGGCCCCAGAAGAGCUACUCAGAUGACCUGAGGACGGGAGGAGAAGUUCCAGCAGUUUCACGAGAUGCGGCAUUGAAUGGUCUAGUUCCUGGAAUCGGCAGAGAAAACGCUGCCUAGUGCUACAGAUGUCUAUUAAAUACCAGCCAGCAGAUGACCAUAGGGACAUAGCCAAUUCUGACAGUGUUCUAGUUGCCCAGAUAUUUUUUGAUGGAAAGAGUAUAUUGCCAAAUGUUGAGCUCAGCUAUGAAACGCCCUCCAGUGAAUCAGAAAGGCGCUAACGAUGUUAGUGACUGUGAGUGGUUCUGUGCCUGUUGUCGAGUGUCACAGAGGACACGCCACUGCCACGCCAGGGGUUUGCUUACAAUGAUGCCAUGAAGACAGUCCACUAGACUAGUAGUCCCCGCCCCAACUUCCUGUCCCUUUUCAGAUAAUGAUGGAACAGUAAUUACUUUCAGAAUGUUGUGUAGGUUCAAAUUUUCUGUGUACAGAUGUUGUAAAAAUAUGUAUAUGUCUGGAUAAAAGGAGAGAAAGCAAAACAUGUUGUAUGCUGCAUGAAAGCAUUAUCUCUUCCUUAUAGGUGUGAGUACAUUUCCUUAGAUUCUGAUACCAUGUGCAAACUGAUACAUCCUGUUUUUCCUUUUGUUUACAGCACAGUAGUGUUCUAUUCAUUUUUCCAGGGCACAAGUCUUUUUGUUCAUACUUUGGCUGUGAUGUCACAGUUUGUUCAGUGAGGUAUGAUGUGCUGCUGGGAAUGGAUUAUUUUUUUCAGGUUAAAUUAUUGAUACAACAGGAUUUUCAAGUUAUUCAGAUAUAUCCCUCAUUUCAUUAUUUGUCAAUUAUGUUUGAAACUAGUAUUUGCACUGCUUUAUUUUAGAUGGUUGGGAUUUUUGAUUGCAUAUUUUGAUAUAGUUGAUAGUUGGAAAUAUUUGUGUAAAUGGUUUUCAACAAGCCUGAAAGUAAUUUCAAGAAUGUUUCAGUUAUAGAGGUAAAAUUUGCACACAAAACACCUUAGGCACUUUUUAACAUUCUCAGUGGUGGGAAUUUUAACUUUUAGGAUUUGUUGGAAUCUUUUUUAUUAUCCUUCACAAUUUCAAUGCUUCUUUCAGUCAGAAAUGAUUCAGGGUUAUUUGAGGGGGAAAAAAAACCCAUAGUGCCUUGAUUUUAAUUCAGGUGAUAACUCACCAUCUUGAACUCUUGUCUGGUUUCAGUAGCAGUUUUGAAACCUUAGUACAUUUUUAACAGCAUGUGGGUAUCAGUGUCAUUAUUAUUCUCCUAAGUUCCUUUGAACUUGCUGUCAGUUUCUUGGACUGGAGGUACAAAUAAUUUAGAAAUAAAAGAUGAUAACCUAACACUACUACAGUUAUUAAUGUGAUUCCAAAAUUGUUUCCCAAAUCAGCGUCUUUCUUUAAAGCUAAGUUAUCAUUUAAGAAUUACCAGUAUUUGCUCAAUAUGAUCUUGAUAUUCCUACAAAGCCAAAAAGAAGGCAUAGGAAUUUGGCUUUGCCUUCACCAUAGCACUAAACUGUUGUAACUCACAUGCUUUCUAAAUGUGAACUAAGAUUUCAUUUGGCAAUAUCACAUGCUAAAGGUAAUAAAUUCUAACACAAAUUACAUACAUUAAAACAGUUUAUAGAUUUUAUGGUACUAAUAAUGAAAUUUACAGCUAUAGAACAAAAGAUUAAUGGAAAAUACAUUAGAAUAUAAAAGAUGAUUACUUAGGAAAGGGUGGAGAACAAGCAUAAUAAAUCAAAAUUGACCUUAAAAGAAAAUGUAUAACAGAAUUGAGGUUGUUAAACAGGAAAAGUUUUACGCAAUGAAAAUAACCUAAUGCAAAAUUGCUAGUUAAGUCUUAAAUCAGUUCUUAAGACUUCUCUGUCCUAAGAUUUGCUGUCAUUCUUAAGGGAUAGACUUUGUCUUUCUGUAGAAAACUGUACCUGGCCACAAUUAAAUUUGAAAAGUAAUGUUGAAAAAGAAAACAACCAAAGAAAAUUGGUACCUACCUUUCUACAAAAGGAAUGUGACUAGAUACCAAUCAAUAAUUAACAUAUCAAGGAGCUCUUCUGGCUAAAUGAUCAUCCAGAAGAGAUUUCCAACAUUCCCAUGAGAAUAUCAAGAAUAGUUGUUGGAGUACGUAUGUCCUUGAGCAUACAUAUGCAUGGACAAGAUGGAUGUCGUAGAAUAUGGCAACAGCAUUGUUCUCCCCUUUCAAAUUGCCUUCCGCCCUUCCAUUUAUGUCUGAGUUGUGCCUCAUUUAUUUAUUGGCAAUACCUAGUGAUAUGGAUCUAGCUAACAAAGAAUAUGAAUAACUGUUAUAUUACGGCUUUAUCCUCUACUAUACUUAAAAGAAAGACGGUGAAUUGUGAGUACUAGGUACUUAACAGAAGCAAAGCAUAAGACAAGCCAGCCCCUUCAAAUAUUUUCCAUCUUCACAAAUAUCUGGGAAAGAUGAAAUGUUCCUUUAUAAUUUUUGUUGUUCUUCACAGCUCAUCUUUUUCCUGCUUGGAAUUAACAGUUGCUUAUUUGAAGGAGCAGCUAGCUGCUUUUCCUCUACUAUCCGUAUGAAGUGUGUCGGAAGCACUAGCUGCCUGUUAGCUGCUGCUUUCCCUUUGCUUUCCUCUUAAAUUUGGGUUGCAAAGCUGUCCCUGCCCCCUCCCCGGUGACACCGGAGCGUUCAGAUGAAGAGUCAGCACUUGCCUGUUCUUCAUUUCUGUAGCCAAAGUUGUUAAUUAAAAUCCCAAAUCUAAAUCAUGAAAAGAUACCAAAUAGAAACACCUUUCAGCUUCUUAAAAAGUCUUAUCUUCCCUCUGCUUUACUCUCACAUGUAUGCAGUGUUUCUUAAAAACACUUAUUCUGUGUGGCACUUUUCAGGUAAGAAACUGUUGAGGUUAAGGAAAACUGCUAGCUGCUCUGCAGUUCCUUGUCUUGCUUUGGAUUGCCUUGGCACUGGGCGAGUCAGUAUUGUUUAACAAACACAAGUGAGAACUACAAGGAUGAAUAAGGUUGCUGCUGAGUGUUGUCUAACCAGAACCUACUCCCUUUUGUGAGUGGAAGAUACUGGAGGAGCACAUGUCGGGAAUGGGUGUAGCAUGUAAGUAAAUACUACAGUUCAGCCUCUGAACAUUCUAAAUUGAGGGGGUGGUUUUAGAGUGCUGUGCUCUCCUUCAUAACUUAAAUCUGGCUUCGGAAUGUACUAGUAAUAAAAGGAUGCCAGUGAUUUUGAAUAGUUUGUAUAGAAUACUCAGUAAAGAAUACUGAAAAUGUUGUUUGGAUUCUUCAGAAGUGCUACUACAGUUGUUGGUUAUUGCCUUAAAAGCUGUCUGCUUGAAUUUACGGGCACUGAAGCAGCCCAGCUCUGGAAAGGGCGUUGUGUUGAAGGGAGAUGAACCCUUGUUCAAGAAGCCUUAGAAAGGGACCCUUAAAACAGUAUUUUACACAGACAGGUGAAAAUUCUUUUAAACUGGAUAUUACUCAACAUGUUUUAAAAUGUUUCCACUACAUUGAGGCAAAUGUUUUUUCAAGUGGAAUGCAAAUAGCAUUUUACUUUAGAAUUUCUACAUUUUUCUUUGUUUCUUUGGUGAUUGAAAGUUCAUGGAUGAGCAUUUGUGUAAAACUCUUUAUCUGUGGCCCUGUUCUUAGUCCCACGAGAGUCUGUGUUGGAAGGUAUAAACACUGGAUAUUAAUAUUGCUGAGUGAGUCUAGCCAAGAGUAAGCUGACCGGAAUUUGUGAAUGGUAGAGAAGAAACAGCACAAAGGCACUUGCCAUUUAAAUAGUGAUGGGAGAAAGAGAACCUUUUAAGUUCGUUUGCAUUGGGUGAGCAUUCCUCUAAAAGGAGCUUCUGAAGUCAUUGCAAAGGAAAAGAGUUGACUAUUUUUAUAGCAUAUUUAAUAUAUUUGUAUAUAACUAUGAGUAUAGUAGGAACCCCACAUGCCUCCCACUUUUCUAAUUUACUCCCCCUUUUGCCAUAGCACUAGCAUAGCCUCAUCCGCAUGGGUAACGUGCCUAUUGUCAGCCUACCAAAAGAUAGUGCUGCUGCUUUUUGAGACAGGUGAGAAGACCCAACUCUCAUGCCUGGGGAUCCUUUAUGGGAGGAAUAGCACACACUUUUAAAGCAACAUACCACAGUCUAAAAGCAUCAUUUUGAAAUGUAACAAGCACUUUAUUGCAAUUAUUCAUUUUGAUAAAGUUUAUUAUCUUAGGCAUUAACCAUUUCUAAAGGAUCCCCAAAUCAUCACUUAGGUGAAAUUAUAAAUGACACAUUUCUGAGAAAUGUUUAGAUCCAGUGAACCAUAGUAGGUUUAUGGGAGUGAUUUCAAGGUAGCCAAAUGAACUUUGACUUUUGUUUUGAAUGUGGUGGAGUCAAGAGAUUGUAGAUGCCUAGUUCCAUUUAAACACUAUUGUAAACCUAUCUUGCCUAUUGUGUGGACACCAAAAGAGACCAAUGAGCCUGUUUAUUUUCAGAGGUCUAGGAAAAUUAAAAUUGCAUCCGCGUGAGUAGAUUACAGAACUAAUCUAAAAGUGAUUGGUAGUACUAUUUUAGAAUACAAUAAUUUCAAGAAUUAUUCUGAGUGUUUUAAAUGUGCCCUGAAAUGUUGGCAUGUCAUUUCAGCAUUUCCAUUUGAAUUGCUCUUGUAAUAUUUUUGCACAAAAAGGACUGAGAAAAAGACUACUUUGGUUAAAGGGAAAAAAGAAUAAUUUGGUCUUAUUUUAAUGUCUCCUGUGGUAACACUGGGGAUGAAUUUUGUUGGUACAGUUAUUAAUUCAGGAUAUUUAAAAGUGUUGAACUCACAAAUUAAGCAAACUUGGAUAUUUAAAAAUUAAAAUACUUUCUUUCCAUGUGACUGUUUUGCAUAGUUUUUUUUCCCCAUGUCAUAACACUACAUUCCUUGUUUUUCUUAAAUAAAAAUAAUACUUUGUAGGCUUUGUUUUGAGUGUUUUACAAUAAUUUGUAAGCUACCUGGGUUUUCCCAGGAAAACAUUCUUUAGUGAAAUAGGAUAUAGUUUAUGAAGAGACUAUUAAGUGAAAUUCCAUCACCACCACCACCAGCAAACACUGAGGUGCUGCGUUCAGUGACAAUCAAAAUAGUAAGUAUUUUAGAAAGAACUUAGGUGGUUGAAAGAAGUAAUUGCUUUGAAAGCAGUUUUCUGGGUUUCUUGAAUAAAAAUGGCUAAAUGUAUUUAUUUAUAUUUUUAAAUAUCUUUGUGUCUUCUCAUCAAAGUGAUUUCAGUGUCAUGUAUUUAAUUUGUGGUUUGUUUUCUGUUUUGCAUUGUAAUCUUAGAGAACUGGCUUUUUUUUGGGGUACAGUCAUUAGCCUUCUUGAUGAUGCCUCAUGGACAGUCUGAGUCUGUUUUACUUCAGGACAGCAGAGGAGGGCCCAAAGCCAGAUGUCCUUGUACUUCCUUCCUGUUCUCCACCCAUUUAAGAAAAAAUUUAUAAAGGUAACUCCUUUCGAAUCUGCUUCAUAUAGCUCCAACCUUUGUCUAGUCUCACUUGCUGCCUUCUCGAUGUUAUGGGCACUUUUUGUAUGAUUACUUCCCCAACACAGCCAAAGGCCAGUACACGGAACCAGGGGCACAUGUUGCCUCUAUUUUGCCCAUUUUGGGAAAUGUUAGUAAAACAAACAGUAUCUUCUAAUGGCUGUCAUUAGCAUAUCCUUACUAAAGUCCAUUUAAAGUCCUUAAAUAUAGGUGGAACAUACACACUGAAAACUUCUGCAAAAAAUGUUUGCUGUCUUAUAGUGUAGUGUUCUUUGGUCUUUAAAAAUGUAACAAAACCUCCAAGUUACAGCACUGUCCGAUAAAGCAGUGUUUGAACGUGUGAAGCCCAGACGUUUGAGGAUCCUUGUUGACAUGCAUUGGAUUCCUAGAGUAGCUCUGGGGUCCCACAAGCUGGGUGCAGCACACAGCUUAGGAAAUGGUAAUUAAAUCGUGUCAGUCACAAGUUGAAUUUAAUGGCGUAAAAAAUGUUAUAACUCUGAGGGUUAAAAUGAAGAUAAUGUUUUCAAAUAAAUGCUUUUAAAUUUCUGAGGAAACAAACUGUGACAUCGCUUUAAAAGAUGACAUUCAGAUGUUUUUAAUGUUGUUUUUGAGUUGGCCUGGACUGGUACAGGUUCACUGCUGGCCAUGGUUGUGCCAGUACCGAAGAGUUAAAAUGGGGGGAAAAGCUAUGUUAUCUUCAAAUUGAUAUAUUGUAAAACUAGACAAUCAUCUUCAAGGAAAAAAUUGGCCAGAAAAUGUCUUUUAAAUAUUACGUCAGCCAGAACAGGUAUAAUUUAGAUCAUUCUGGAAUUGUUUUGAAAUUUAUUUUACUGUGACAUUAUAAGUUGGAGAAGGGCCUCAGUAUGGCACUUUCAUAUUCACUCUAUGUAAAGUUGAAGCCCAAAGAUGAGUUAAAUUCAGUGCUGUCUUGAAACCAGUUAGUGCAAAAAAGUUUUCUCUUUGUAAAUUUAUAAUUGUUGACAUCAGUUCGUAGUUGUAAAAACAUGCACCCAAUUCUUUCUCAUGUUCUUUGUGGUUCUUAAUGUGAUAUUCUUGACAUUGCUGUCCUUACUGCUUGGUUCUUGGUUUUAAAUUUAAAAGUAGAUGUAGCCCAUCAUUCUUACUUCCAAAGUGGAGCUAUAAAUGGCUAACUGAUCUUGAGAUAGGAAUACUUUUUUUUCCUAAAACAAACGUUUCAUUGAAAUCCAAAUGAUUUAUUAAAAAUGAGACUGACAUUUUUCAGGUGUUGUCUUCUGCCAAAAUCUUAAAUUAUAAUAAAGCUGAGGGAUAAUGUAUGGUUACAACGGUGCUAUAUUAGGUUCUCUGGUUUUCAUGAUCUGAUUUUUGUGUUUGGAAAUACAAUAUUGUAUAAAAUAUGUGGAUCAUUUUGUUACCAAUUUAAUAUUGCCAUUUUAAUUUGGUGUUAACAAUUGGUUACACUUGUUUUUCAAAGCUAUCCUUUGAGAAGAAAGUCAAAUGUGUACUAGCCUACCUCCACUCUGCCUCUUGCUGUAUGACCGUUUUUCCAGGUUUGAUGUGCAUAGCUUUUAAAAACUACAUGUACUAUUAUAAUGCUCUUUCCCAUAGACUCUUGUAAUGUAUUCAGAGCCUAAAAUUAUAGCAAAAGAGCCAAGCAGUAGCAUUUUUUUUUUUGUAAAUGUAAAAAUAAUUAGAACUAGACUUUGUUUCCUUCUUCAGUUUUAAAAAUAAAAAAUACCUCAGUGCUAUAUAAUGUUUUUCAGUAUCACCUGCAUUUCUCAAAAAAUAACACCUGCUUCAUGUGGCACAUAACUUGUAAGAAUCACAUUAUUUUGGAUUUUAAAGACUAUUAAAUAUUUUAAAAUCACUA